UCUCCUUCUUGCGAGUGUGUGAUAGUAAUUGAUUCUUGUACAUAAAGUUUUCGGCUUUCACAUGCAUCAACUCAUCUCAUCAUCUAUUAUUUUUUCCUCGUCACAAGUAUUCCGCUUCAUCAAUAACCUCAUCUUUGCGCCCUUAAUUAAUCACCAAAAACAAUGAAACAAUCCAAACCCAAAAUCUCAGUGAAAACGAAGACAAAAACAAAAUGGCAAAAGAGUAUCCACUAGACCCAAAAUGCUACGAAAUAGUAGCAGAAAUAGGAAGUGGAGUAAGCGCAAUCGUAUACAAAGCCACCUGCCUAACAAUGCCUCCACCUUCAUGCACAGUCGCAAUCAAGUCCAUUGAUCUUGAUCAAUCACGAGCUGAUCUUGAAAGCAUCCGCCUUGAAACCAAAACAAUGUCGCUUCUUUCGCAUCCAAACAUCCUCCGAGCUCACUGCUGCUUCACUGUUGGCCGCAGUCUAUGGGUGGUUAUGCCUUUCAUGUCUGCAGGUUCUUUACAAUCCAUAAUAUCCUCCAACUUUUCAUCUGGACUACCUGAAACAUGCAUUGCCUUGGUCUUAAAAGAAACUCUUAAAGCCUUAAGCUACCUUCAUGAUCAAGGUCAUGUUCAUCGAGAUGUUAAGGCAGGUAAUGUAUUAGUAGGUUACGAUGGUGUUGUUAAGUUAGGCGAUUUCGGAGUUUCUGCACCUGUUUAUGACACUAAUUUCGACUCGAGAUUGAAGGAUAUUGCAGGGACUCCUUAUUGGAUGGCUCCUGAAGUUAUACAUUCUCAUAAUGGAUAUGGGUUUAAAGCUGAUAUUUGGUCUUUUGGAAUUACUGCUCUUGAGUUAGCUCAUGGUAGGCCUCCUUUGUCUCAUUUACCUCCUUCAAAGUCUUUGUUGUUUAAGAUAACAAAGAGGUUUCGAUUCUCUGAUUAUGAUAAUAAAUCAGCUAAUAAGUAUAGUUGCAAGAAAUUCUCCAAGGCAUUUAAGGAUAUGGUAGGAUUAUGCUUACAUCAAGAUCCUACGAAACGUCCUACAGCUGAGAAGUUGUUAAGGCAUGCCUUCUUUAAAAACUGUAAGAAUAGUGAUUUCUUGGUUAAGAAUGUUUUGGUUGGAUUACCCACUGUAGAGGAGAGGUUUAAGAUGAGUAAAAUGGUUAGAGUUACUUCACUAGGGAGUAGUAGUAGUACUGUUAGUACUAUAGAAGAGGGUGAAGCAGGGGAUUUGACGAAGCAGAGGAGAGUUAGUGGGUGGAACUUUAAUUUUGAUGGUUUUGAGUUAGACCCAGUUUAUCCAGGUCAAGGUAAAAAUAAGGAGAUAUUUGAUUAUGGUGGUUCCAAUUCCAAGAAGGUUAGAUUUCGUGGCGAGUUGAUCAUACCGAGUAAGCGAGUGGAUUUGGAUGUGUUUAGCUCGAGCUCAGCCUCUCCUGCCUUUAGUAUUAGUACUCCUACAGAUCAGGAGCCGGCACUGAGUCCGCCCGAGCAAGUUGAGGAGGCAGCUCAAGAGCCAAUAAGUGGGGAGGAGGGAGUUGAUAGGGAUAGUAUGAUGUGUGGUUUGGUUGCAUUAAGGGGAAGUUUGGAUGAGCAAAGGAAAAAUGUGAAAGAGUUGAUAACUUUUCUUGGUGGGGAGACAAACAAAGAAGAGCAGAUGGUGGAUAUAGUGGAAAGGUUGAGGAGGGAGUUGGAGCAAGAGCGAAGGAAAAACAAGGAGUUGCUUAUGGAGCUGGAAUUUCUUAAGGUGCUUGUCUCUGGUGGACCUCAAGAUGAUUGAAUAUCGAAAGUCAUCAUAGGUUAAACUUAGGCAAUUUUAAAGACAUUUCAUACAAUUGCAACGAUAUGAUAAAACUAAAAAGAGGAAGUAGCAAUGUAUCUUUUACCAUUUCAGAAGUUGUUGCUGACAUUUCAAAGUUUCAAUAGAAAUGUCACAAGUUCAAGCUUACCUUAAUAGAGAAUUAAGCACACUAGCACAGUAUGUAUUCAAGAGAAUGACAUGAAGUAUGUACAAUUUCAUCAUGUUCAUUUAGUCAUCUUAUCAACAUUGUAUACAUUAAUUUCGUUCUCAAGUGUAUUAUGUGUUAGUUGUAUAUUAAUUUGACUUGCUUUGUUAA